GAAGACGACUUGACAUAAACAACACAGAACCAACCAUCAGUGAAGAAUAAAAAACUUAAGGAUUUUUGAACAGUUUGUUUCUGAACAGACGGCAGAUCUUUGUGAUCCCGUAGUCAUUCACUUUUGAAAGCUUUGUUCAGAAAGUGAAAUUAAAGUUAUAUUGCUGGAGCUCAAAUGGAUUUACUAACUGAAGAAGAUCUUUCUUGUCCUGUGUGCUGUGAAAUCUUCAAGGAUCCUGUUGUUUUAUCAUGUAGUCACAGUGUCUGUAGAGAGUGCCUUCAAGAGUUUUGGAAAACAAAGGAAAGUCAGGAGUGUCCUGACUGUGGGAGAUCAUCAAAACAUGAUCCUCCUGCUAAUCUCGCUUUAGUAAACUUGUGUGAGAUGUUCCUGAAGGAGAGAAAAGAGAGGCAUUCAUCAGAAUCUGAGGAGAUCUGCAGUUUACACAGUGGGAAACACAAACUCUUCUGUCUGGAGGACAAACAGCCUGCAUGUGCAGAGUGCUUUACUUCACAAAAACGCAUAAAUGACACAGUCAGACCCAUCAGUGAAACUGCUCCAUAUCCAUCCAAUGCUCCUUAUAAGGAGCAGCUCAAUACAGCACUGAAAUCCUUACAUGAGAAGCUUAUACACAGUGAAAACAUUAUAGGAGAAUUUGAGAAAACACUUCUACACAUCAGGUCUCAAGCUGAGCACACAGAGAGUCAGAUUAAACAGCAGUUUGAGAAGCUUCAUCAGUUUCUCAGAGAUGAAGAAGAAGCUACAAUCACUGCCCUGAGGGAGGAAGAGGAGCAGAAGAAGCAGAUGAUGAAAGGGAAGCUGGAGGAGAUGAACAGACACAUCUCAGUUCUUUCACACACAAUCAGAGACAUUCAGGAGAUGAUUAAAGCCAAUGAUGUCUGCUUUCUAAAGGAGUUUCCAGUCACAAUGGAAAGAGUCCAGAUCUCACAGCCGGAUCCACAGAUGACUUUUGGAGCUUUGAUUAAUGUGCCACGUUAUUUGGGCAACCUACAGUUCAGAGUAUGGAAGAAGAUGCAGGACAUUGUCCGGAACACUCCAGUGAUUUUGGAUCCAAACACUGCAAAUCCACGUCUCGUCCUGUCUGAUGAUCUGACCAGUGUGACACGGAGCAACUAUCAACCUGUUCCUGAUAAUCCAGAGAGAUUUGACUGUUAUCGCUGUGUUCUGGGUUCCGAGGGCUUUAACUCAGGAACACACUGCUGGGAUGUGGAGGUUAAAGAUGGUUCAGUCUGGACUCUUGGAGUCACUACAGCAACCAACCAGAGAAAAGGAUGGACUUUCUUCAAUACUGAUGUCUGGAGUUUGCAGUACAAUGUGUCUAGACAGACUGGCUUUCCUGUUGUGCAGCAGCUUGAGCGUGUGAGAGUGUAUUUGGACUACGACCGAGGAAUGGUGGCAUUCAUUGAUCCUGUAACCAACACACAUAUACACACAUUCACAACCACCUUCACUCACACACUCAUUCCAUUCUUCAGUAGUCCUGACUCUCUGAGGAUCUUACCAGUCAACAGCCAGUGAUCGCUACUCCUGUAGGUCUGGAUCUUCUUGCUUUAAUUUUUUGAGUUAGAGUGCUGUUGAUCUAAAUAGAAGAAUGAUUUUUCCAGUAUUAUGCCACUGAAAGAGUUAAUGUAACACAUUUCAAUAAUAUAGUUUAAUUCAAUUUCAGAGGUUAAAUGAUAAUUAGUUCAUUGUAUGAAAUGGAUUUAAAAGGUUUUUGCUGGUCCACAACAAUGUUGAAUGUAAUAGAAAUAGACCUUUUCUGCACUUCCAUGUUUCGAAAAGCAGAAGCUUCAAAUACUUUUGUAAAAUAACUUCCACUGUAGCCUGUAUGAAUGGCUUGCUUUCUGAUAAUCAUCAAGCAGUAGAUCAAAUUGGAGUUGUUCAAAUAAAUGUAUAUUUUUUUUUAGUCCAUUCAUCAACAAUAACCGAUAGUACCAUCUUAAACGUGUCGUUUUCUCUGGAUUUGAGUGAUUGGACAGUAUUAUAUUUUAGAUACGAUUAAAGAUAAAUCAUAAUAAACAAUGGGCCUCAUUCAUGAAACACACGAGCAGAAAGA